AUGCAUAGCUUUCAAGAGUCUUGGGUUGCGUUUGCGCGCCUUCACGGCAUGGCAGAUGACAGAGGGCGCUCUCACUUGGGGCAGGCGUUGAAGACACUUCAGUACUUAUGCAUGGUCAUUAACCUGUUCAAUGCGGUGCCCGCCAUCAUUCGCUUUGAUCCCGCGGCAGGCUGGGCGCCAGGUCAGCCAGUAGAACCAGACAGUAUAUGCCUGAAGGUUAACGCAGCGUCUCCGGAAGACUACAAAAAGUAA